UGGCCAGGCCCGGGGACGGACGGUAUCCUCUCCACAUGGGAAGCCUCGGCCGGAGAAAUGGUCCCCGGGCUCUAUGACGACGGUGGGGACGUCGGCGGGUCCAAUGACAAAAGAGCCCCACCCAGUCGACAACCAGAUGGACGGGUCGUAGCAGACAGCCUUCUCCGAGACCUAGUGACGCAGCAGAAGAGCCUCCAGCUCGGACUCGUUAGGUGUUCUCCUCCUCCUCCUUUCCCUUCAACGCCAACUGGUACGUGGCCACCUCAGCGCGUAGGUAGGAUGCAAAUAUUCCAGUAA